UUAAUUCAUAUCUGAGUGGGCGGUGGCGUUUCGUGUUGGCCGUCUGGCCCUGGUGGGCAGGGGUUGACUUUGUCGGUUUGGGGGUGGUUUUUAGUUUAAUUUUUCUUUUCUAGCUUCACAUCUCGGGCCAACUUGCGCGUUCUAAUUAUCUGAGAUCAUGUCAGGAGACGCAGCCGCGGAGCAGGCAGCUGAAUAUGUCCCAGAGAAGGUGAAGAAAGCUGAAAAGAAAUUAGAAGAGAAUCCAUAUGACCUUGACGCUUGGAGCAUUCUCAUUCGAGAGGCACAGAAUCAACCUAUAGACAAAGCACGGAAGACUUAUGAACGCCUUGUUGCCCAGUUCCCCAGUUCUGGCAGAUUCUGGAAACUGUACAUUGAAGCAGAGAUUAAAGCUAAAAAUUAUGACAAGGUUGAAAAGUUAUUUCAGAGAUGCCUUAUGAAGGUUUUGCACAUUGAUUUAUGGAAGUGUUAUCUUUCAUAUGUCCGAGAAACCAAGGGCAAACUACCAAGUUACAAAGAAAAAAUGGCUCAAGCAUAUGAUUUUGCACUGGAUAAAAUUGGGAUGGAAAUUAUGUCUUAUCAGAUUUGGGUGGAUUACAUCAAUUUCUUAAAAGGCGUGGAAGCUGUUGGAUCUUAUGCAGAAAAUCAGAGAAUAACAGCUGUCCGAAGGGUUUAUCAACGAGGUUGUGUUAAUCCAAUGAUCAACAUUGAACAACUCUGGAGAGACUAUAACAAGUAUGAAGAGGGUAUCAAUAUUCAUUUAGCUAAAAAAAUGAUUGAAGAUCGGAGUAGAGAUUACAUGAAUGCUAGGCGUGUAGCAAAGGAAUAUGAGACAGUAAUGAAAGGUUUGGACCGCAAUGCUCCCUCAGUGCCUCCUCAGAAUACUCCUCAAGAAGCUCAGCAGGUAGAUAUGUGGAAGAAAUACAUACAAUGGGAAAAGAGCAACCCUCUUCGUACAGAAGAUCAGACCCUUAUAACAAAAAGAGUUAUGUUUGCUUAUGAACAGUGUCUGCUUGUGCUGGGCCAUCACCCUGACAUUUGGUAUGAAGCUGCCCAGUAUCUUGAGCAGUCAAGUAAACUGCUAGCAGAGAAGGGGGAUAUGAAUAAUGCCAAACUAUUUAGUGAUGAAGCUGCUAAUAUAUAUGAAAGAGCCAUAAGCACUUUAUUAAAGAAGAAUAUGCUUCUGUAUUUUGCAUAUGCAGAUUAUGAAGAGAGUCGCAUGAAGUACGAGAAAGUUCACAGUAUAUAUAACAGACUUUUGGCAAUUGAGGAUAUUGACCCCACCUUGGUAUAUAUCCAGUAUAUGAAAUUUGCAAGAAGAGCAGAAGGUAUCAAAUCUGGAAGAAUGAUAUUUAAAAAAGCAAGAGAAGAUACCAGAACCCGCCAUCAUGUCUACGUUACUGCAGCACUCAUGGAGUAUUACUGUAGUAAAGACAAAUCAGUUGCCUUUAAGAUUUUUGAGCUGGGGCUAAAGAAAUAUGGAGACAUUCCAGAAUAUGUUCUGGCCUAUAUUGACUAUCUUUCUCACCUUAAUGAGGACAAUAAUACCCGAGUUUUGUUUGAACGCGUUUUAACAUCCGGAAGCCUUCCUCCUGAAAAGUCAGGAGAAAUCUGGGCCCGAUUUCUAGCUUUUGAAAGUAAUAUUGGUGAUCUAGCUAGUAUACUCAAAGUGGAGAAAAGACGGUUUACAGCAUUCAAGGAAGAGUAUGAAGGCAAAGAAACAGCUUUACUGGUAGAUAGAUACAAGUUCAUGGAUUUAUAUCCUUGCUCUGCAAGUGAACUAAAAGCACUUGGUUAUAAGGAUGUCUCCCGUGCUAAGCUAGCAGCUAUAAUUCCAGACCCAGUUGUAGCUCCUUCUAUAGUGCCUGUUCUGAAAGAUGAAGUGGAUAGAAAACCAGAAUACCCUAAACCAGAUACUCAGCAGAUGAUUCCAUUUCAGCCACGACAUUUAGCACCUCCAGGUUUACACCCUGUACCCGGUGGAGUGUUCCCAGUACCGCCUGCAGCUGUUGUUUUAAUGAAACUUCUCCCUCCUCCGAUCUGUUUCCAGGGUCCUUUUGUACAAGUGGAUGAACUGAUGGAAAUUUUCCGAAGAUGCAAGAUACCCAAUACUGUUGAGGAAGCUGUGAGGCUCAUUACUGGCGGAGCCCCAGAGCUCGCUGUGGAAGGCAAUGGCCCGGUGGAAAGUAAUGCAGUGCUCACCAAGGCCGUCAAAAGGCCCAACGAGGAUUCAGAUGACGACGAGGAAAAGGGAGCUGUCGUCCCUCCUGUUCAUGACAUUUAUAGAGCACGGCAGCAGAAGCGGAUUCGGUGAAACAGGCUCAAAACCUGCCUCUAAGAGAAAACUUUUAUCCAGGACUCCCUUUUUGCCUCCUAAGUCACAUGUUUAAAAGAGACAAUGCUUUGUUACAAGGUUCUUGGAAACAAAGUUGUAUUGUCAUUGGUGCCUCAAUCAUAUGGUUCUUGAGAAAGAAAACCAACCAACCUGUGUGAAUGUUACAAUAUGGAACUGAGAACAGCGCAAAAUGGCAGAACCACGUUUUGUUCCCUCUUCAAGGGUGUCUUGUAUGUGCCGCUUGAAGACUUUGUGAGUUUUCAAUAGUUUUAUUUUAAAACUGGAUGGCUUAUGAUUGUAAAGCAUUUUAUCACAUUUUUCUGAAAACAGUUGUUCUCCGUUUGCUUAUGUAGAGUCCUGCCUUAUUUGUUUUUAUUUAUGGCAGAAUGUAUGGAAUCUGUUUUGUAGUUUAAAGUUUUAAAACAAUCCUUUAAACAAUAAAAGGAUCUA